CUGUUCUCCUUUCAUGGGGAUCUACAACAGUGUCUUUUAAUUCAUAUUGAUUGGGGAAUAAUGGAAAACAUGAUUCUUGUCUCUGGGAAGUGGAAAGUUGAAAAAUCUAAGUGGUUAUUUGAGGUAGAUAAUGAUCGAGGAAGCAUACCAGUUGCUGGCAAUGAGGACACUCGAUUUGAGGAUUUUGUGAAAACCAUAUUUGAGGAUUAUGGAAUUGAUUCUGCAGAAAACGACUUGGAACUGAGGUAUCUUUUUCCGAGGCAGAAUCUACACAAUAAAAGCAUCAAUACACCACCUGUGAGAGUAGGAAACGAUAGGCAGUUUCAUGCAUUCUUGGGUCUUUCCAAAGUGCAGAACGUUCAGCUAUGUGUAGAGUUUAAAGUGAAAAAAAUUGUUGCAGAAGGAGCUGUGAAAGAUCAGAAACAACCCAUACAAGGAGAUGACUCGUCGUGUGAAGACGAAGAAGAUACAGACGAAGAGGGUGAUCGAUUCGAUUACUGCGAUGAUUCUGAUGGCGCAACAUCUGAUGAUGAAAACUUUACUACAUAUGGGCUUCCACUAAACCAUGUAGAAGAGGUUCAUGGAUCUUCUACAAAGUUGAUUUAUGGAAGAAAGACAGAAGAAAGAGAGUCUCCAAUGAGUUUGUCCGAUUUGCGCUCAUUCAAAUUUGACAUGGGGCAGAGUUACAAUUCGAAAGAUGCAUUGGAGACACAUCUGAAGAUUUUUUCCGUUGUCAACAACUUUGAUUUUGAUGUCAUUGCAUCAACGCGGAAACUACUGUUUGUAAAAUGUUGGCUAAAAGGAUGUACAUGGAAGCUAAGAGCUACGCCAAUAGGUAACUCUUUCAAGUUUACAGUCCGAGUAUAUGUAGAUGACCAUACCUGCUCCAUAACAGAACGCUCAUCUCGUUCCCGACAAGCUACUCCCGAGAUUCUUGGACUCUUGUACAAAAACUAUAUUGGUGGGGUUGAUCCAUCUAUUUUGCCACGUCAUGUUUCUGAUGCUAUGAAGAUGAGCUUCGGAAUCAAGAUGGAUUACUGGAAAUCUCAUCGUACACUUAUUGUUGCUAGAGAGCUCGUAAUGGGUUCUUCAGAGAGUGGAUAUGAAGAAUUACCUACUUACCUGCACAUGAUUAGAAUGUCGAAUCCAGGGACUUUAACUCAACUGGAAGUUGAUACAAGCAAUAGAUUUAAGUACUUAUUUCUUGCAUUCAGCGCUAGCAUUGCUGGCUUUCCAUAUAUGAGGAAGGUUGUGGUGGUUGAUGGGACGUUUUUGCAAGGGAAAUACAAAAGAACACUUCUGAUUGCAACCUCACAGGAUGGUAAUUUUCAAAUAUUUCCAAUUGCGUUUACUGUGGUUGACACAGAGAAUGAUGAAUCAUGGACAUGGUUUUUCCGCCAACUCAGUCGUGUGAUCCCUGAUGAUGAAGGAUUGGCAUUAAUCUCUGACAGGCACAAGUCAAUUGGGAAAGCUAUUGCAGUGGUCUAUCCAUUGGCAAGCAGAGGAAUUUGCACGUACCACUUAUAUAAGAACAUCUUGUUACGAUACAAAGGGCGUGAUUUGUUUGGUUUGGUCAAAAAAGCUGCCUACUCUUUUAGGUUGACUGAUUUUCAAGCAACCUUCGAGACAAUCAAAGAGUUAAACCCAGCUUUGCAUGCAUAUCUGGAACGUGCUGAUGUACAUAUGUGGGCACGAGCUCAUUUUAGAGGUGAUAGAUAUAACCUCCUAACAAGUAACAUAGCUGAAUCCAUAAACAGAGCUUUGUCUGGUGCUAGAAGCUUGCCAAUUGUUCACCUUCUAGAGUCGAUCCGAUUAAUGAUGACACGCUGGUUUGCAAAAAGAAAACAUGAUGCUGAGUUGAUGAAAACCUCUCUUACUCGUGGUGUAGAGAAGGUGUUGGAGGGUCGGAUGCCUAUUGCUAAUCUACUAAAGGUUCAAGCAAUAGACAUUCAUCAGUCACAAGUGACAGGAGUCUCGUCUUUACAUGUUGUAAAUCUAAGCGAGAAGAAAUGUUCAUGCUGUAGAUUUGAUUUGGAGAAGCUACCAUGUGCUCAUGCUAUAGCUGCUGCGGAAGCUAGAAAGAUAUCAUGUAUAUCACUUUGUCAUCAUUACUAUCGGAAGCAAUACUUGUACAACGCGUAUAACACUGCUGUUAUGUCCAAAGAUGAUGUCGUUCCAAUUCCAGAAGAGGUUGCCAAGAAGAUAUGUUUACCACCUGCGGGCCGCCAACCACCAGGAAGACCAAAAAAAUCAAGGCAUAAAUCUAUAUUAGAGAAAGUUGCAGUCAAGAAGCGGCCACAGAAGGAACACACAUGUAGAAUUUGUAACCAGACGGGUCAUAAUUCUACAACAUGUCCUCUAAACUGA